AUGGCAACCACUACUCUAACAAAAAUCGAUCGCAACACUACCGUUCCAUUUCAUCUCAAGCUUUUCUACAAAAAUGGUUCAUUUCCUAGAAUUGAAGAAUUUAAUCCACAUGGUGAAUUGCCUCUUCACGUUAAUAUAUCUACAUGGCAAUCAUGUACUCUGCGCGAAUUAUCACAUUUACUAGCCACCGCACUCCCUGAUCUUCUUCCCGAUCCGGCGAUUGGAACUCGUCUUUCAUAUCGACUUAUAUUUCCUGAUUCACGACCUGCUGUUAGUGGCCCCGCUAGAUAUGUAACGAAGGAGCUUGGCAGUGUUGUUAUUGGGGAAGGGGGGCCAGGAAUUUUACCAGAUGAGGAAGAGAGUGCGAUAGUUGGAGAAGGAAUCAUGGCGGGGAGUUUGAUGGGGGAACCAGAGAAGACGCUGCAGGAUGCAAGAUUUGUUAUUGGUGAUUAUGUUUGUUGCGCAAUUUUACCACCAAUGGCAGAUGGAGGGGUUGCGCCGCCACCCAGUGGUCCUUCGAGAGGCGGUUUUGCAGGUGGAAGAUCGGAAAUGGGUGGGUUUGGGGGAAGAGGGGGGAUGGGACCGAGAGAAAAUGGAUUUGGAGGUGGAUAUAGAGGGAGAGGGGUUCAAGAGGAGGAGGAUUUGGUCAAGGUACGGGUCAAGGCGGAGCGGGUGGUGUACCAAUGGGAGAAUGGAGACGAGGAGAGAGGAUACCGGAUGGUCCAUCCGGGGGAAGAGGUCGUGGGUAUGGAGGUGGGGGUGGUUUUGGGGGUGGAAGAGGUCGAUAUUGAGGGAGGCACGAAGACAUAUGAUACCAAUUACCAUGCUAUUACGAAUGACGGCACCGAAUUUCCUUGGAACACUACAUGA